UUGCAUCGGGGUUUGAAAACAUUAGCCAAUGUCAAAAAUACGUUUAAAACGUUUGUGUUCUCGCAACAGCAGCUGGAGUUUUUCAGUUUUAUUUCAAAUUCUUCUGAACGACAGAAAUUGUGUAGCGGUUAACUGAAAAUGGCCAGCUGGGCUAAUCGUCCUCCAAUUGCAGACGGCUCUAAUACUCCUUCCGGCAGAAAGAAAUGGAACCUGGAGGAUAAAAAAUCUCUGCGUAACUUAAAGUACCACUUUGCGGAGGAUGGCUGCUCGGAGGUACAAUACACUCUGGCCAAACAGCUCCUGGAGGAGAAUGUUGAGGCGGAUCCGCCGCAUAAUCAUGCCCAGGGUGUACACUGGUUGUUACGGGCUGCCCAGCAAGGUCACGAACAGGCCAUAGCAAUGUUAAACGAGUGCUAUCAGUCUGGGCGGGGCAUCAACGAGGCAAACGAAGAGGACGUGCGAACCUGUUUAGCAAUGAGUGCCGGCGAAAGGUCUGCCAGAAGAGCGGCGCAGGAGUUGUUCGCGUCGCUGUCCAAUGGUGAGGAGUAUGUAACAGCUGCUCAGCUGGAAAAACGAAUGAGGGAGAUUUAUAAGCUGGAUAAAAAGAAAAAAAGGACCCGACCCGAUGGUGCUGAAGCUGGCGAAAUUAGGAUGGAAGCUAGUCCAGAAAGAAAUGGAUCGCCCAACGCGAAUAGAUUGAAUCGAAGAUCUGGACAAUUUCAGCAGAUGAAUCACAUUUCGGAAGCUAAUCUUCUGUCGGCAGCUGUCAAUUACUCUAACGGAAGAUUGCCGUUUGUGAGCAAUGCUAUGACUUUAUCCAUUCCCAAUCCUCAGAGUUUAGAUCACGUACCUUGUUUUCACAGACCAUUUUUCCAUCCCAUAAUGUUUUUUUCGUUACUCUAUCACCGGCUUCUAACUAUGAUAGCUUCGUUCCCCGGUUCGGGGAUAUCAGGAUUCCAAAUGAUCCUAGUGUUGCUUGCCUACUCGCUAUUUGCCAGCGAUAACCUCUUUACCUUAGUUCCGAUUGGAGCAUACUACGUGAGCCUAAUUGUAAUGGUUCUCUGCAGUUUCAAAAUGCUAAAAAGCAAGCACGAGUUUAUCGAUUUCCGAAUGUGGUCCGGAUUAUUUCUUCGAUACGGCGAUGAACAUCUCAAUACUGAUGAUUCCGAAAAUCAGUAUCUGCGGAACAAUCUGCGGCCAUAUCUGUAUUUUUUCGUAGCAUUCUUUAUAAACGUCAUGCUCCAUCCCAACAUCAACGAUCAAUGGUUGCCUUUUUCGGAAAUUACGGUGGUAGCUUUCGUGCUUACAUUUAUCACAAUGUUUGCAUUUAUGUACACUUCAUCGGAUCCCUUUCCGGACUCUAUGAUCCUUUUCUCAUUUGGUUUGAAUGUGUUAGCCAAAUAUCCGUACGAGAUGGACUCAGUCGUCACAACCGGAUGGCGUUUUCUGGAUCUGAAAGUGCCUGCAUUUUCCACCUUCGUCAUCGGCAAUGGAAUUGAGUUCUGCCUGAACUGCCGUGCUCUACUGUAUCUUAUUAUACCGGUGUUUUUUAUGUUAAUUUCCCGAAGACGCAACUGGCGGGGAGUCUAUCAGUAUCUUAUUCCUCAUUGCGUGACACUGGCUUGGUUGCAAAUCUGCAUCAUCAGCUCGCAAUCGGCAACCAUGUUUGGACUGGUACGCGGCGCACUCGGUCUUUCCGGACUAUUGCUUUUUCUCCCUCUGUUUGGUAUUGUGACCUUGUUAAUUCCUGUAUUCGCUACAAUUGAAUGGCUUUCGCUAACCGAUUCCACCGUUCGACUGUGGUCCUCCAUCAGUGCCGCCAUAAUUGCCAUUCUGAUCUCAUUCUACAUGGCCGCAUCUCGCCGUACAGAAAAGUACAUCACAAUUCUCCAGAUAUCUAUUUGUCUGAUUGCAACCAUCUUUUUGACGUUGCCUCACAUGAUGUCCAAUUUCGAAACCCUGCAUACAUCGGAGGCAGCCGGACUGUACGAUUCGAGCACUGUCUCGUCGCAAUCCAAGAAUCAACCAAUGCCACCCAAUAGCCUUAGUUGGGAGUCGUAUCAUAAAUUUUGUCAUCAGCCUGCCUGGGAUCGAUUAGGUAAUAAAAUUCGUACUCAGCUGAGAUGUGCCCAUCUGGAUGGGACGACUGUUCGCUGGGAGGGAAGCGUGAUUGAUUUGGAAAUCGCCAGCCGACGGAACUUGCGAGCAGAAUUUAUACAUAGCUAUUUGCCCAGGUUGCUAGCGGAUCGGAUUGCGUGUUUCUACGGGGAAAGAGUGGAACCAGCCUGUGGACCGACAGAGGAACAGCAGCACUGCGAGGAGAUGAAGAAUUUCAUGCAGCAGCAAGUGCGUUGUCAUCUGGACAAGUGGAACACGUACGAAUACGAAAUCAAGGUACGCAUGCCUUCGCUGGGACUACUUGCGAAACCGGUCGAAGUGACGCUGCGAGCCCAGCACGCGUUUGGUAAUUUUACCCAGAAUUUAAACAACAGCGAUCGCAUUUGGUUCAUCGGUAUUCUGCGCAACUUUUUGACCUCCGGUGCUGGUGCCACGGCGGCAACACAUACGGAUCAUUCUGGCAGUGAAUUCGAUGAUAUGCAUCUAGAUCUGGGAGGAAUAACCGCCGGUGAACGUUCGGAUCGCAGCAAUAUGCGCCUGGGACGGAAGAACCCGUUGGUUGAGCUGCGCUCGGUUGGUUGUAUCCGAUGCCAGAAUAGCGAACUGACUUCGAUUCAUGUCUCCGAUGGAUUGAAGGUAAACGCUCGGAUGCGAGAUUUGCUGCGAGGGAUAAAAUAUCUGCUAAAUGUGAUAUUCAAUCCGCUGGUGAUCUUCAAGUAGAGAAUUUCCAGUCAUUUGGUUUAGUUUUAAAUAUUUAUAUCUAUCGUACUGAAGAAUCUUAUACUUUGAUGUUUGAUUGCGUGUAUUUUGUGUGUUGCCAGUUAAUUUAAUGUUUGAGCAGGUUGCAUUUAAUGAAUGAGAGAAUUUUGAGUAACUAUCAGAAGAAAUAAAGCUGUGCACACUUGUGUUUUAUUUUUUCUGACAAAUAUAUCUAUUGUUUAAUGUAAAUAUAAAUCACAACAUAUAAGUAAAA